UCCCCGCCCCUAGCAACGCUCGGGCUUGUGUUAGCAACUAGAGUGCGCUGGGUGCCUUGGUCCUGCCGUGGGUAGUAACUGCAGUUGGAUGUCCACUAUGUUGCAGUGGCGGGGGUCACGACCGGACUUUCGAGGUCUUUCUCCUCCCUAGCUUAGGUUGCGUAGUGUGUUUUCUGCCAGGGCUCGUGGGUUCCGUGGCUGCGGACGCACCUAGGACCUCAGGCUCCUACGCUGAGCCAUGUCCACCGCGGAGGCCUUGGCUACGACGGCCGACGCCGCCGAGGCGGGCGGCAGGAGGAAGACCGGCAGUCCCCGCACAAUCCCGGUGUUUGGGGUGGCGAUCCCGAAUGAGGAGAUGCAGGGUGUUUUCAAGCCUAUGGACCUUAAUCGUAUCCUCAAACUUCUUGAAGAGGAUGAUAAGGAUGUCUCAGAAGAAAAACAACUUAAUUAUAUCAAGAAACUGAUUCACUGUUAUCAGAAUGGAUUUCCUCUAAGAGAUUUGGCACAGAUAUUUAAAAUUCUGAAUCUAUGUGCAGAAAAAAUUGAAAAGCAGCCCAGGUUUGUAGAACCUGCAUCUGACAUCAUAAAAUUGUGUGGCUUGCCAUUUUUGAAAAAGAAAGUAUCGGAUGAAAUAACUUACACUGAAGAUACUGCUAAUUCAUUUGCACUUCUGGGUGAAUUAAUGAAAAUACCAAGUUCUGCAUUAAGGAUACAAAUUUGUAAAUGUAUUGUUGACUUCUAUCAUGCAGAACCACUAAAGAAACAGAUUCCAGGCUUCCAGCAGGUUAGCUCAUCAUACAAGAUUAAAAUGGUAGAGGUCAGUGGAUUGGCAAAAGCAAUGGUCCAGUCAGUGCUCCUGCUUGAGAAUCAGCUUGUUGAGAAACUCUGGGUCCUUAAAGUUCUGCAGCAUCUCUCUACUUCUGGAGUUAAUUGCACUUUAAUGGUGACAGCCCAAGCAGCCAGCAGGAUCUGUGCCCACAUCAAUGACCCAGAUCCUUCAGGACAGCUUUUAUUUCGUUCAUCAGAAGUUCUUUGGAAUUUACUGGAAAAAUCUUCAAAGGAGGAAAUUAUACAACAGCUUAGUAACUUGGAAUGCCUGCUGGCUUUGAAAGAAGUAUUUAAAAACCUAUUUGUGAGGGGGCAUAGUCACUAUGAGCGUCAGCUUAGAAAUGAUAUAUUAGUUAUCACCACAAUUAUAGCUCAGAACCCUGGAGCACCGAUGAUUGAAUGUGGCUUUACCAGGGAUUUGAUACUAUUUGCAACUUUUAAUGAAGUUAAAAGUCAAAACCCUUUGGUAAAAAGUCUUAAGCUUUUUAAUUGCUAUGAAGAUUUUGAGCUGAAGAAAUUGCUAUUCAAUAUCAUUGUGAUUUUAUGUAAAGAUUUAACUACUGUACAGCUAUUAAUUGAUGGCAAAGUUAUUUUGGCUUUGUUUACCUAUGUAAAAAAGCCUGAGAGACUCAAAAUUAUCGAGUGGUCUGCAGCACAGUAUGAAGAACUACAACUGCACGCGAUUGCUACCUUGUCCUCAGUGGCUCCUUUGUUAAUAGAAGAGUACAUGUCAUGCAAUGGCAAUGCUCGGAUUCUUGCAUUUCUAGAAUGGUGUGGGCAUGAGGAUUCCUACUUCAUUCAUGGUAACAGUUUCCAUGGUACAGGUGGCCGUGGAAACAAGUUUGCCCAGAUGCGUUACACUUUACGACUCCUCAGAGCCAUGGUCUAUCUUGAAGAUGAGACUGUGAACAAGGACCUUUGUGAAAGAGGGGUUAUUCAUCAACUGAUUGAAAUUUUUAAAACUAUGAUGAGCAGACCUACUGAGAAGGAAGAGGCCAUUGCCUUAGAAAUCCAGUCUGACACGUUACUUAUUCUGUCAGGUCUUUGUGAAAAUUAUAUCCAGAGGAAGGAAAUGUUUGGAACUGAAGGAGUUGACAUAGUUCUUCAUGUAAUGAAAACAGACCCCAAGAAUUUACAGAGAGGCUUAGGCUACAAUGUCCUUCUUUUCAGUACAUUAGACAGCAUUUGGUGCUGCAUUUUGGGGUGUUAUGCUUCUGAGGAUUAUUUUCUUGAAAAGGAAGGCAUUUUUCUCCUUUUGGAUAUACUGGCAUUGAACCAAAAAAAAUUCUGUAAUCUGAUUCUUGGAAUAAUAGUUGAAUUUUGUGAUAAUCCCAAAACUUCUGCUCAUGUCAAUGCUUGGCGCGGGAAGAAAGACCUGACUGCUGCCAGUCUCUUAAUUAAACUGUGGAGAAAAGAGGAAAAAGAGCUAGGAGUAAAACGUGACAAGAAUGGCAGGAUCGUUGAUACAAAGAGACCUCUAUUUACUAGUUUUCAAGAAGAACAAAAGAUCAUGCCCCUUCCUGCUAACUGCCCAUCUAUUGCAGUUAUGGAUGUUGCUGAAAAUAUCAGAGCAAAAAUUUAUGCUGUGUUGGAUAAACUGGAUUUUGAAAACUUACCAGGCUUAUCUGCUGAAGAUUUUGUCACCCUCUGUAUAAUACAUAGAUACCUUGAUUUUAAAAUUGGAGAAAUAUGGAAUGAAGUAUCUGAAGAAAUAAAGCUGGAAAAGUUAAGGCUAGUCAAGGCAGAUGAAAAAUCUUUGCACUCUAUUAUAGCAGCAACAGAAAAUAUUGGAAAGAUGGUUGCCUCCUUGCAAAGUGAGAUGAUCGAAAACCAAGCGCUCCAGGAUGUGCAGAAUGAACAACGAAUGUAUGCAAAAAUACAAGCCACACAUAAGCAGAGAGAGCAGGCUAACAAGUCAUGGGAAAACUUCUUGGCUAGAACAUCAAAUGCUAAAACAUUAAAGAAAGCAAAGAGGCUUCAAGAAAAGGCUAUAGAAUCCUCUAAAUACACUGAACGACCAAAAAAUGCAGCAUUCCACCAAACAGUUAUUAAAGGUCUUAACACAACGGUACCUUCGGGUCGGGUGGUGACAGUGGAAAGCACUCCUACCCGGCUACUGGGAGGACCUCUGGCUGACACAGACAUCGCUCUGAAAAAACUGCCUAUUCGAGGAGGGGCCUUGCAGUGGGUGAAAGUAAAGCCACUGGAUAAUCCUAAAAAGAGCAUCCCUAUCUGACUGUGUUCCACAGCUCCUGAAAAUAAAUUCUACGUGCAACAUUUUAGCUAAAUGUAUAUUUAUAUACAAAUGUAAGGCAAAAAUUUAGAAUAAAUAUUUUAGUAAAAUAUUAUAAAAAUUAAAAUUAGGAUAACAUACUUCAUUUUUAUUGAAAACACCACUGUCUUCAAGAAGAUUAUUGAUCCCUUAUCUGAAAUUGUAAAUUUGUUUAACAAUUAGGACUUUAGGCUGUACAUCAGUUACUCCAUAUAGUCUACCCUAAGGGACACUUCUGUGGGCUUUGCAUCUCCCAGUAUGAGUAAUUUAGACUGUGGGAACUGUGGGGUCAAAGGCUGAAGCUGAGUUAGGAGCGAUCUCCUUCUAGCAACCCUACCUUACACUUAUCCAUCGAAAAAGUAUAGAUGCAUUUUUCUCAAUAAUUGUGUGGUUCCCUCUAUGUGUUGGAACCCUUGGCCACAUCCCCACUCCAGAGCACCUUACCUCAGAGUGAGCCAUAUCUGAGUACUCUUGGAGCCAUAAACUGCCCAACGUCAUCUAAAAUACCUAAAUAGAGCCAGGGAUCAAAGGUGCUAUCAUCAGAAAGAUAUAUGAAUACCAAAAGCAAUAAAUAUGUUGGUGAAUACGCGCGCGCGCGCGCGCACACACACACACACACACACACACACACUAUUAUUAAGGGCAAAUGCCAGUCAUGAGCUAAAAGUAAAAAUACAGAUAUACAUAGUUUUACUCUAAAUAUAUAAAAUUUUCAAAGUGCAGCUGGAAAGAUGGCUUAGUGUUUAAAAACACUGGCUGCUCUUCCAGGGUUAAUUUCCAACACCAACAUGAUAGUUCACAACCAUCUAUAACUCUAGUCCCAGAGGAUGUGAUCUCUCUUUUGGUCCUCUCAGAUACCAGACACUCACCUGGUGCACAGACGUAUGUUCAAGCAAAACUCCCAUAGACAUAAAACAGAUAAAUAAAAUUUUAAAUUAAGUAAAUAAAAGUUUGGAGCUAAUUCUAAUGCUAUUUCUCCAUUGGCAAAGGGACAAGUAUUGUGUGUGGGAGCAGAUAGAAGAGUGCAGCAUGUUCACACAACCAGCACCAAAUAAUGUCACAUUAAAGUCUCAUAACACCCUCGUAAUCCUUUGCUGUGCCCAUAGCUAAGAGCAAUGAAUCUUUACAGCACUUAUGGACUAUGACCUUUGUCAGACUCUUAGUUCCCCAAAGGCAAGGGAGAGAACAUGGCUAAUUUACGAUUAUGACCAGCACCUCAAUAAUGAAGUUAGCAAUGAAGGACUCGUCUUAGGCAGCCUUUUCCCUGACAUCUUCAAAUGCAGCAAUGCACUGACCUCAAAGGGAAGAAUCAGCCCACAAGCAAUGCUAAGCAAGGGCAGCAUGUUAAAGUGGUUCAAAUAAAUGUACUUCAAAGUAAUUAUGGCCUUUUCUCAAGUUAUAAGGCAUAAAAACUGUGGUAGGAAUACAAACAUUGUAGAAAAUUGGUAUGAUUCAGCUGAGUAUCAGUUUUACACAUAGGCCCAGUGUCCUAUCUCCAGAUUGAUUUAGACUGAUCCCCAUCAGUGUCAUCUGAUGUCUACAGAUUAUUCUGCUAUCCAGUAGGAAGAGAGAAGUCAAAAUAAGACAAGUUAUUUUCUAGAGGAUAUUUACUACAUGACGAAGGAUAGGCUGCUUAAUGCAGAAACUGUACACAUGGUAGACAGAUCUCUAACACAUUUCUCUGUACAGCUCCAGGCAUCACACACAGAGCCAGGGAGUCCACAACUGAGAGCAUCACAAACUGUCAUGCUUUUCUUUCUCUCUAUUUCCUAUAACUGCUCCUCUUGAGUCCGAGUGGCUAUGGUGUCUAGGAUGCCCUGCCUGAGCAAUGGACAGUCUAUUCUUCUGUGAGUCAGCAGAGACAAAUUUUUAAAGCUUUAAAACAACUAUGUACUAAUCAAAUAAAUAAAACUUGUAUUUUGAAAUCAGAA